ACAACUUGUAAGCAUGGUUCAGUCCACCGGCCGGAUCCUUAGUCAGUCCUUAUGUAACUCAUGCCUCAAUCGAGCUGUUGGAGCUAGCUCAGGCUGUACAUCCGGGUACAUCCAUCCAACUGUCCCCAGCAUGUAGCAUAAUAAUACUCUUUAUUAUUCUUCAAAAAUCAUGGUUUUGCAGUCUCAUGUUCCACCGUGUCUUGUUCGCUGCUCCUCCGCCUUUGGGCUCUCCAAGUUGUGACCUUGCUUUCGUCGGGCCUCGAGAUCAGAAAGUUGGUCCUCCCCCACCUAUAUCGAGCUAUAUCAAGCAGCUCUCACCGACAAUCUUGAGCUGGCAAGCCUCGUUUUCCAAGGCAUCUAACCCCUCAGCUCUUUCUUAAGGCAAGCUCGUGGUGGCCCAGGCUAUUUCUUCUCGCUACCAACCCGUUUUACCCCAACCAUAGCAACAGCAGAUCUAUAUUUAACAUUAACAAUAAUACACUUUUAACAAACUUCCUCCCAGAAAAAUACUCAAGAGUUUGCAAAGAACGACUUGCUCCUAGCUCUUAGUUUCCGGCGCCUAGCAGACAGCAUGGAUGGCGUCUCUGGGAAAGUGCUGGGCCACGUCCACCAACGCCCAGCGGCAAAUUAUGGCCUGACCAUUCAAAUUCUCCGCAGCCUAGCUCUCCUGACCUGGUUCAACUGCUGCUGCGUCUGCAUUGUCGCUACCCAGCUCGUGGGUGCCCCUCUCUAUUUUAUCCACCGCCAGUACUUCAACUCCUACAUGGCCAUGACGAAACGCUCCUUUGGCAUCGCCAUCACCGCUCUGACGGAAUGGGGUUGCCCGACGCCUAUCCGGGUCAGUGGGGACAAGAGUGUGCAAGGCCAGUUCUCCCUGACAAAGGAUGGUAAUGUGGAAACCUCGUUUCCCGAACGAAUGGUUCUGAUUGCCAACCAUCAGGUCUACACCGAUUGGCUGUACCUGUGGUGGUUCUCCUACACCUCUCAGAUGCACGGCCAUAUAUACAUCAUACUCAAAGAGUCGCUGAAAUAUAUUCCCCUGAUUGGCCAAGGGAUGAUGUUCUACGGCUUCAUUUUCAUGGCGAGAAAGUGGAUUUCGGAUAAACCUCGGUUGCAGCAUCGCCUCGAGAAACUGAAAACGGUCCAUGAGGAGGGUAGAUCUGGUUCACGGGUUCUGGACCCGAUGUGGCUCCUGAUAUUUCCUGAGGGUACGAAUCUGUCACGGAAUACGAAACGGAUCAGUGACGCAUACGGUGCGAAGCAAGGGAUCCCGCCGUUGCGUCACCAGAUUCUGCCACGUUCAACAGGCUUGUUUUUCUGUUUGCAACAGCUCAAGGGGACUAUUUAUUGGGUGUAUGAUUGUACAGUUGGCUAUGAGGGACCACCAAAGGGCAGCUAUCCAGACGCCUACUUCACCAUUCGCUCGACUUAUCUAAAAGGCCGCCCUCCUAAAGUUGUAAACUUCUACUGGAGACGUUUUGCCGUUGCCGCGAUUCCCUUGGAUGACCAAAAGGAGUUCGAGGCAUGGAUACACGAGCGCUGGCUCGAGAAAGACGACCUCCUUGAACGGUUUUACGAAACGGGCCGGUUCCCGCCCUGCGAGUGGGAACCUUCCUCGAACGGUGAUUUACAGAAACAAAACGAAGAUGGCGCUAGUGUAAAGCCCAACAACCCAAGCUAUUAUGAGUCUGCAGUCAAGCUAACGUGGUGGGGGGAGUCGCUCCAGAUUUUUGCUGUUCUAGUUGGUCUUGGCGCUUUCUUUUGUCUAUUCCCUAGGUUUUGGAGAGUUGGGACUUGAUCUGUUUGUCUCUCUCAUUUCUUUAUUCUUUUGAAUUUUCUCAUGACGUGGUGUGCUGGUGGAAUAUACCCUUGUUGAACGGAGCUGUUUCUUUUUGGAAAGGAUAUCUACUUUUCUUCCGGUUUUUGGGCUCUCUCUCGUUUUUUCCCCUCUCUAAUAGAGCGGUAAUGAUUUAAGCGGGUUAACUUGAAGCAUAUUUUGGGACACUCUCGUCUUAUGAUUUAUACCAAAUGACGCUUCAUACCUCACAUUUGAGCACUCUUCACUCGGGUUUUUUUAAGAAGCCAUGGGCAGCGGAACAGCGAACCAGUUUUGGUCGUUGGUUUAAAUAAUUGUCUAUUUAAUAAGAAUCAAUCAAUACAAUCCAACGAUGUUACUAUCUAUGUUAAUUUGGCUGCUAAUA